AAAAUAAAUAACUUAUAUAUAUUACUAGGAAAUAGUUACUUAUUACGUAAUUAUCAUAAUUAUGGUGAUGAUUAUACAGAAGCUAUAGAAAAUUAUAAUAUUGCAUUAAGAAAUGAUCCAAAUAAUUAUUUAUGUCUUAAAAUUUGUGCAUACAGUUAUGAAAAAAAAGGAGAUUAUUUAAAUACUUUAAAUUUAUUAGAUAAAUUAUUAAAUAUCAAUAAGGAGGAUUCUUUGGUUUUAUGUUAUUAUGGAGAAAUUUUAUAUAAUAUGACACAAUAUAGAAAAGCUAUACCAUACUUUACAAAAGCUUAUACUAUAGAUCCAGAAAACAUUCAUAACUUGAAUAAGAGAGCUAUUACAUACUAUAUUAUUCAGGAAUAUGAUGAAGUAUUAUCAGAUCUUGAUAAAAUUAUACAAUUAGAUCCACUAAAUAGUUCAGCAUAUUAUCUUAAAAGUUUAACAUAUUAUACAAAGAAUGAUAAUAACAAUGCUAAAGUAUCAUUUAAAAAGUGUGCAGAAUUAUAUAAUUCUUAUAAUAUUUUAGCAAAGAUUCAGUUAUUUCAUCUAGAAUACUUGCUAAAUAAAAAUAGUUCUAAAGAUUUAAACAAUGUAUUAACAAAAAUCAACAAGUUAACAAAAAUCUAUCAAACUCUUAAUUAUUAUUAUGAUGUUUAUGAAAAUGAAUUAUUACAAUUUAUUAAAUGCAAAAUUCAUAUUGAAUUAAAAGAAUACAGUGAAGCAAAACUAGCUUUAGAUCAUAUACCAUAUUACGCAUUUGAAUCUAAUAAUUAUUUUAUACAGGAGCAUCCAGAUUUUUGGUCAUAUUUAUAUAAAGUUAAUGUAAUUGACAAAAAUGAUUUUACCAAAUUUGGAAUUGUUGAUGAAUUUAGUAAAUAUAUGUAUAAAAAACAUGAAGUAUAUUUUGUUUCAAAUCUUACAAAUUUGAAUAGUGAACUUUUUCAAUUUCAAGAAAGUGAUAUAAGCAGUUUAUCAGGGCUGGUAAUGUCUUCUAAAAAUGAAAAUCUUCAUUUGGUUUUGCCUAUACUAAAAAAUUGUCAUUAUUUUAAUGAUUAUCUCAUUUGUAAAAUUAAUGUUAAAAAAAUAUUAUCUAAGGAUUGCUUUAUAAAAUUUAUACCUGAUGACAAUUAUCAAGAAGAUUAUAUGUUAAAACAUAAAGAUGUAUCAAAACUUGAGGGGUUAGGUUGGAUAGAGUAUCAGACUUGCAUACAUAUACAUAGUUAUUUUCAACUUUCAAUUGUAAUAAAUUCUAUUGAAAUGCAAAUGGAAUAUAUUCGAUUUGGAUAUAAUGUAGACACAAUAACUCGCUUUCCCAACAUGAGUUUAGUGGGUUAUUUGUUAUCAGAUUAUAACAAAUUUAUCUCAAAUGUUCCAGAAACUUUCAAAAACAAGUAUUUUUCAAGAAAAGAAAUGGAAAAUUUAUUUGAUUUAAAAGACAUCCUUAACAGCUUAUGA